GUUCUCCCCUUUUCUUCUUAGCAAACUGCUUACAUUAGUUCCUGCUUUGCCACGCACAACACCUUCCAUUGCUUAACGUCUCUUAUCGUUUGACAAUCUAGCAGCCGAAGGAGGCUAUUUGCUGUAACCUUUGAUUACAAGGUAGCAGCAGAAUGGAGGACAAGGCGGGGCUCGGGCACCCAAACGCAACGACUGGGGCCCGUGGAGGCACCAGUCCUUGUAGGCGCAUUUGGUCUGCCUUCAAUGCGCACGCGGAUGUUCCUCAUCCGCCUGAGCCGUUAGGAUGCCAAGAUUAUACGCGCGUCCAGCGUGACUGUCGGGUGGAGAAAGAUGCACUUACUGGCCGCGACGUUCUCUAUUGUCAUGAACGACGAGACAAGUUCAGGCUAUGUACCGAGAGGCACCAUACCAACGCGAGCCAGACGACUAUUGACCAACUUUCGACAACAGAAAUAGAAACCAGGGACCCGCUCCUUAAUGGGCACAUGCUUGUAGCCACUCGCGGAUGGGAGCCUGUCUCAUCGCGAAUUGAGGCUUCUGGCGCUGAGUCGUCGGCUCCGCCUGCCUCGCACCCGGUCCUUGAUCGCGCUUUAGACCAGCAACAGGCCUCUGCUUCAGGCCGUGCUUACCUUCCAUGGGACGUUCGCGCGGAUGAUGGGCUCAGCCGCGGCCCGGGCGCUGGGAGCAGCGCUGCACUGCUGACGCCCCAAGUAGGCCAUGCUUAUGAGGACUUGAUCAUGUUUGCAGACGAGAUGCAGCGGGACCUUGCGCUACACGGACUGGAGCUGAUUCGGCGAGGUCGGGAGCAGCAGCAGCAGGAGCGGAAGCAGCCGGGCUUGCUGACACGUCUGUUCGGAGGAUGGGGAGGCGACGGAGGCAAGGGCUGGCUAGCUCCAGCAGGAGGUGACGCAGGAGGGUCGUACGGCAAGUAGCUGUGCCUAGCCAGCAGCCUUGCGGGAGCACGGCUGGGGCGCAUUGUGGGGUGCAGCAGCAUGUCUGUGGGUAGCUUAGGACUGCUUGACCUUCAGGUGGCGAUAUGUCUGGCUGCAUGCGGCGCUCCUGUGGCGGUAACCCCAGGUCGUUGCUUUCAGGAGGCAGGGUAGCAGCGUGCGCGUGCUGUCAGGAGGGGGAGCACUGUAACGUGUAUUGAUGGAGGUUUGCAUGAGAAGAGAACGAUGUUGGCGGGGUGCCUUAGCAGCUCAGUGGUAAGGAACACGGACGCGGCUGGGCGGGUAAUGCUGGCUUGUGGACCCAUGAUGCUUCGACAUGGGCAUCGAAGCAUGGUCCUGGCAAGCCAUCAACUUGCCAUGUUGCGUGCCUUUGGCACGGACAGGCCUCAAGUGGUAGCAACAGCGUGCUAGGGAUCGUGGCAUUAUUACAGCAGCAACACGGAGGGGGGUUUCGAGCGCAUGUUGUGGGUGCACAGAGGUGCGCUCUUGGCGUGUUGCCUCGGGCUCCUGAUACGGUUUCGCCAUCUGGGUCGGGUGGAGGGUG